CUCGUUAUUUUUGUUUCUUUUCACGCAAGAAAUCAGCUAACUCUUCUUCAUUGAAACCAUACACCGCUUCCGGAGUUCAUCGGAGAAUCUCUUCAUCCCCGAGAGCGAAAGGGAUCAAGAUCGAGGAUGGCCACAGAGAGCUCAGUCAUGGCCGUCAUCAGGGCCUCCCGCCCAUCCUUCCGCAACCCUCACGACAAACUCGCGUUCGCAAUCCACGCCACCUUCAUGGCUGCCGGUCACUCCCUCAUAGCCACUGGGAGACCCGCCUUCUCCGAUCAACCCCCUUCUGAUGGGCCGGAGGUUGCAAUGGAAGGUUGGAACGAGCUUGAAGAUAGCUAUGGCUUCGUCUACUCAAAAUCCCACCAGGGCAAGAAGAUGAACUUGUUGGUGAAGUGUCUUGCUGUGGAUGAUGCCCUUAUGGUGGACGCUGUCGAUCUUGGGGAGCCGCAGAAGGAACCAUUACAUCUCCAGAUCAAUCUAAAGGAUUAUGUAUCUGAGGAUUCUAAUGGGAUGUCUAAUUAUGGCGAGGCAUACAAGAAUUUUAAGGGGCUGGUGAAGAUCAUAAAUGAUGGUAUUUUGGCCAAGGCCGAACCCAAGGCUGAGACUAGUAGUUCAUCUGGAGUCAGGAGCGGGAGAUCUGAAUCUGUCAUUCCUGAUGUGACUUCUGUUGGUCAUGGGCUAGAUCCUUCAAGUCUGACAUAUCCUCCUGUUUUCCUGUCAUCACACAGUGAUCUCUACCCCAGUCCUGGCGCCGGGGUUCUUCCUUUUCGUGGCCCUAACAUCGGUGGAGACAUGCUAGUAGGACCAAAUGAUCCACGAUGGUCUGGUUUGGGUCAAGUUUCUCCUUCUGGUGGUGGAGUCCUUGGUUUGCCUCCAGGUGCUCGGUAUGAUCCCAUUGGUCCACCUGAUGUUCCUGGUUUCGAGCCUGGUCGAUUUGUGCGGGCACCACCACGGUCUGGGCGACGCCCUCAUCCAGACUUGGAGCACUUUGGAGAUACUGACUACAUAUAAACUUCCACCACUUACAAAUGUGACCCCAGCUGUAAAUUUUAGAGCUUAGACUGUCGAGUGGUGUGCUUGUUUUCCAGGAUUUUAUCUCGUCUGUGCAUUUUAAUGUUGAUAAAUAUGUAAAGCUACCUUUGUCUUAAUUAAUGUUUUGAGGACGCUCAUACGGUUAAUUAACUGAAAUUCUGCAAGUUUUUUCAUUUGAAAGGUCAAUUCGGUGUAAUGGUCAGAAUUAAAUAUAUAUCGUACAUGUGACUGGGUCUCAAAAAUAAAAUAAAAAUAAUCCCCCUUUA